AUGCUUGAGUACAAUUAGAAUAAUUUUAGAAAGUACUCAUAAAAAUCACUCCUUACUUAACUUUACCCUUAUUUGAUUUCAUUGAUUAUUGGCGAUAAAAAUACUGAUAAAGAUGAUGACUUUGAUUGCAGAUGGGAAUGCAUGAGUUGGAUACUAACCGUUCUAUCAGGCUAUAUAAAAACAGACCCUUCAUAGUUUAUUCUUAUGAAAGAUAAAAACAAUAAAAGUUACUAUGAUCUCACUUUGACUAUGAUUCGAUAAGUGAGGAUCAAUAGUGUUAAGUAUUAAUAUGAAUCUGAUGAUGUAAUAAAAAGCGUUAAACUUUUGAUUACGAUGGUUGAGAGCCUUAAAGGUAAAAUAGAUGAUUAGAUGCCUUAUUUAAUUGACAUGUUAUUUGAUUACUUCAGAGCAAAAGAUGAAAAAUUAAAUGUUGAUCUAGUUAUAUUAUAAGCCAUAGGUAUGUGCAUUUGGUAUAAUCCAAUCCUAGUAUUAUCAAUUAUGAACCAAAAGAAUCAUCUGGAAACUUACUUAGUCCUUCAAGAGUCAUAUUUGAAUGACUUUAAAAAUGUCUUUGACAUAAGAAGAGCUAUCUUUGGAGUAAUACAGGCAAUUAAAAUUGAUAUUAGUCCAAAUAUAAAAUUGAGAUUUCUGAAAAUAUGCAUUAAACUCGCUUUCUAGAGCUAGACUAUCAGAGUUAAGAGUUUGAAGUCACAGGACGAAGAAAUGUCUGAAUAACUCGAAAAAAUGAGUCGUGGAGAAUACAAUUUCAGCGACGGAGAUGAAGACAUUAUAAUAGACUAAGAUGAUAAAGAUGUUUAGGACUUUAUCAGCAGAAUAUCUGGAUUUAAUGAAGAAGACAAAGAAAUUAUUUUAAAUUAAAAGGAAAAGAAUAAAAAUUUCAUAGUUUCGUAACUUGGCUAAAAAGGUGUAAGAUGA